CUGUAUCGACUAUCUGCCAACCAAUGAAAUGACAUCAAGGUGUGUUUCACAAUCUAAACCACUUCAUUUUGCUUCUACGACAAGGGGGUAAGUGGAGCGAAUUGAGUUAUAUUCUUUCACUUGAAAGUACUUCAGGACUUUUUGCUCCCAACGACAAGUGUAAUACCAAGAUGCUAAAUGUUUUUUGGAUACUGAUUGGUGUCGGGAUGUGCAUUACUGCUGUUCAAUGUGAUUCAGAGAUGGAAAGUUCCAUUAGAGACAUUUUAACGAAAAGAAGAUAUUUGAAAUAUGCCCGGAAAGUUUUGGAUGACUUUAACAAUCAAUUGGACAAUCUUCAUAAAAGAUCUUGUGUAUUAAACCUUCCUGGAAUGGAUUGCGAAUAUGGAGAUAUAUCUGGAAGUGGAAAAGAUCAAGAUUUCUGGACAAGUGGACGGACUCCUGGCAAAAAACGAAGGUCUUAUUGUAACUUGGGAUUAGGAAACUCAGAAGAAUGCCUAACCAAACAAUUGAAAGACGACAUGACUGAUUUUAACAGCUGGAAUGACAAAUUUCGACCUGGAAAAAAAUAAAUAAAUAUAUUCAAUUUAAACCAAAUGACUGUUUGAAAAAUAAUAUCUUCGUAUAAUUGUUAAUAAAUUUUUUCCCUCGCUUAUUGUACAGUGUAA